AUGGCAUCUAAUAUCCUCCAGGUUCCUUUCCGCCGCUCGCACACGGUCUCGCUCUCCGAUGCCAUCACGCAAUACAUCUCCUCCCAGUAUGACCAGCGCCCGGACAUGUUCGCGGACGAUCUCUUGAUCAUUGACCGGCUGCGGGACGAAGCCGUGCAUGUUCAGGAACCGCAUGUUAGCGGGGUGAGCCGCCUGGUUACGUAUGCGGCGCAGUUGAAGUGGCUUGGGGGGAAGUUUCCAGUUGAUAUGCUGACUGGAAGAAUGAUACUGAAUAGGUUGGGGUCGAAUUUCCUUGGUAUCCUGCGUUUGGGUUUAAUACCUCACGACCGGGACUAUGGUAAACCAAAAAAAAAAAUACUGAUAUGGUGGAGAAUAGAUUCUCAAAAUAACAUUCGAUUUGAACUCGCAAACAUCAUCUUCAAUCUUAGCGCGUUAUACUCCCAGCUCGCCUUUGCCGUGAACCGCACCACAACGGAUGGAUUGAAACAAGCAUGCAACUAUUUCUGUCAGUCGGCCGGAGUGUUGGCGCAUCUGCGCACAGAGAUCCUCCCUGAUAUGCGAACGUCGCCUCCCGAAGAUAUGGAUGACAUGACCCUGCAGAGUUUGGAACAGCUGCUCCUCGCACAAGCACAAGAAUGUUUCUGGCAGAAGGCCGUGAAGGAUGGGCUGAAGGAUGCGUCGAUUGCACGGCUCGCAGCUAAGGUAUCUGAUUUCUACGCUGAUGCUUGCAACCACGCGGUAAAAUCCAAUGCAAUCAGCCCCGAAUGGAUCCACCAUAUGACAGCGAAGCAGCACCAUUUCGCGGCCGCAGCGCAGUACCGUCAGUCGCUGGAUUGUUUGGAGAAACGCAAGUAUGGAGAGGAAGUGGCGCGGUUACGGGACGCAGAGGCGUGCGUGAAUGAAGCCCUGAAAGAGUCGCGCUGGAUUAAUAGAACGGUGCUGGGGGAUCUGCAGGGACUUAAAAAUCGGGUGACAGAGGACUUGAAGCGCGCGGAGAAAGACAACGAUGUGAUCUAUUUGAACCCCGUUCCGCCCAAGUCUGAGUUGCGGUUUAUUGACCGGGCAUCGAUGGUCGCUGCGAAGGCGCCGCAGCAGGUAACGGAUGCGAUUUCGAUGCUGGGGGAGAAGGGGGCGCUGGGACAGCCGCUGUUUUCGAAACUCGUCCCAUAUGCCGUACAUAUUGCAGCGAGCAUUUACUCGGACCGAAGGGAUGGACUUGUCAAUGAGACUAUUGGGGAGUUGGAGACUAUGACGGACAGACUACGAGAUUUACUGUCUUCAUUGAACCUCCCUGGCUCUCUGCAGGCAUUAGAGAAACCGCUCGGACUACCCCCCGCACUGGUAUCUCACGCCGAAGAAAUGCGCCAACAAGACGGACUAAACCGACUCCGCAUGUCUCUCCAGGACAUCGCCAAAGUCAAAACCAACGAUCGAGCCGUUUACACCGAAGGUGUAGAGCUCCUAGCUGCCGAAAAAGCCGAAGACGACUCCUCGCGGCGCAAAUAUGGGACUGACCGAUGGCCACGCGAGUCCUCCGAACAAGCUGCCAAGAAGAUAUACACAACCUCCCGCGAAAUCGACGGCUAUUUCAGCUCUGCGCAGAGCAGCGACAACCUGGUCGAGCAGAAACUCCAAGACUCCGAGGCUGUCUUCCGCGUGUUAACAGGUACGAACCGCGACCUGGAAGCAUACGUCCCUAGCAGCCGACGCGCGGCUAUCCCUCCCGAGGUCGAGCGCGAGGUGAGCCGGCUACGCGGCUGUCUCAGCGAAGUCAACCAUCUCGAAAACCGACGGAGGCGCAAAGCCCAGGCAUUGAAAGAUAAAGCGCGCGCGGACGAUAUCAGCCAAGCUCUCGUGACCGAGGCUGCGCGUCUAGAACGGGAGUCCCCGAUGCAGGCUAUCCAAGCCAGCCAGUUCGAGGAUCUCUUCGCGAGCCGACUGCGGCGGUAUGACGAGGACCAGGAGAUGGUGAUCCAGGAGCAAAACGACCAGGACCAAAUCGCGGCGCAGGUGCGCGAGGCGAACCGGGCGCUUACGCGGGCGCACACGGGGGACGCAUCGACGAAGGAGCGCGAGAAGGCCCUGCAGGAGCUGGAAAACGGGUACCUCAAGUACAAGGAGAUAAUCUCAAACAUCGAGGUCGGGCGGAAGUUCUAUAACGAUCUGGCGAAGAUUGUGGGGAGGUUCCGGGAUGAUUGCAAGGCCUUUGUGCACAAGCGUCGAAUGGAAGCCAGCCAACUCGAGGGGUACGGAAUCCCUUAUCUUUUAUCAUCUUUUCAUCUUCAUCCAACGUUGCGCAGAAGCUAA